AUGCAGAGACAACCUGCGCUCGCUCAACGAUCGCAUCCCAUUCGAGACUUCCUGAGGCCCCGCGUUGAGCGUAGCUCCCCCUCCCGUCCUAUCACUGAUUUCGCCGUUCCAUUCUAUCCUGUUCCUCUUUCUCCCGCUGGAUCUUUCUCUCCACCUCUUUCGCUGCUUGCUGCACGGCCUGCAUCUCCAGCUUCUGAAACGGCCCUAACUCCCCAUUCACCACCUUCAAGCGGCGGCCAUUCAUACCCUGCACCCCCAACUGGCGCCACUGUCCUCGCCGGCGUUUUUACACUGGGCAACGCCACCGUGCUGAAGUCCGGCAAGUGGUUUUGGUUCUUCAUUGCAGAUGGGCCAGCCGUCAUCGUGUAA